AUGGCGCGCCGAAUGUUGGUCCUACUGCCGGUGAUAGCGGCGGCGGUGGCCACUCCCGAGGGCAGCCGCUCCCGCUCGCCCGCGACCCUGCCGGUGAUAGCGGCGGCGGUGGCCACUCCCGAGGGCAGCCGCUCCCGCUCGCCCGCGACCAAGGCGGCGGUGGAGAGCACCCAGGCGGUGUACGACAGCGCUGCAAAAGACAAGGAGGCCACCGACACCGAGCUCGUCAGUGCGCUCUCGGAUGCCAUCGCUGCGGACCUCUCGGCUGCCAACUCGAAGGCGGCUGCGACCCUCUCGUCGGCGGCGGCUGACUGGACACCGGAUGACCCAUCUCCGUCGCCGCCGCCUUGGUACACGUCGUACCCCAAGGCUGAUGCUGCCUUUGCCCCGCCCGCCGAGAAGGAGGAGGCUGUCGCGGGCGAGGGCGCCAAGGCGCGCGGCGGCUGGAUGCCGUUCGCGCAGCAGGGCGCCGCCACGGGCGGUGGCUUUGCCGCGCAAGGCACCGACACCGCCUGGCGCUUCUUCACGGACCCGAACUUCGACUUCCAAAAGGAGGGGCAGGCGUACCAGGCGUCGGGCGCGGCCACGGGCAACGCGUUCGGCGGCCUCUCGCAGGGCAUGAUGCCAACCGCGCCGGCGGCGGCGGCGCCGGCGGCGGCGGCGCCGGCAGAGAAGGCGUCUCGCUCGGUGUCUUCCGCCACGAGCGCCGCUGCGGCGGCGAGCGCGGCAGACGCGGCUGACAGCAGUGCCGAGAGAGCGAACGCGGAGCUCGCGGAGGCGGCAAGCAACGCCGCAAACGCAAACUCGCUGGCGGUCACGACACGCCUGGCGGCCAACUUUGCGUGGGCGGCCGACGACGGCUCCAUCGACGGCACCGCCGCCGCCUCCGCCAAGACAUCCUCCGCCGCCGACAAGGCUGGCGAGCGGCCGGCAAAGUACCCCUACCAAACCCGGUGUGAUGGUGACGCAGCGGCUCGCCGCCAACACGGCGUUGAGCCGCUGACUGCCUUCACGCCUUACGACCCCUCCCCCCCUCUCCUUUCAGGCCGCGCCUACUCCAAGGCAGACUUUGUCUCCUUCUACGGCGGGACGGCCGAGUGGGAGAGAAGCCCCGUCUACCACCCCCCCGCGGGGCCGGGCGGCGCCGCCCCCUCCGAGCACCACAAGUCGGCAACCGAGGCAAAGGCGGAGGCGCUGCUCCACUCAAAGACGGGACAAAAGAUGCAGGCGGCUGCCGCUGACUGGGGCCUGCCCGCCAGCUCCGAGGACGCGGCAGAGCUCGACAAGCAGGCCGCCUCCUUCCUCGGCUCGUUUGUGACCGCCGCGCCCGCCUCCGCCUCGCGGCCCCCGCGGCGCGGAGUGCCGGCGCUGGCUGUCGCCGGAGCCGCCGGCCUCGCGGCCGCCGCUCUCGCCGCGGCGUGGAAGGUGUCGGCGCGACGCCCAGCUGCGAGUCCGGCCGGCCCGUCGCUCGUCUGAGCGGCUCCCUCGACCCCCCGGGGCGGGCCUGGUUGUCAGGCCAGGCAGGUGUGCCAGGAUGCCGGAGGGCGGAUCGCAUACGGAAGGCGUGCAUGCCAAAACCCCAGCGCUCGUGCGUCAACCACAUGCAACAUGCACAUGCACAUGAGAUGUGCAUGUCUCGCCACUCUGGUCCUGUGCUGUUGUGUCGGGGAAAUCCAUGCUUGUGUAGAGUAGAAGUCGGGUGCGUGCCUCUCGCUCCACAGCGCUUACUUACGCGUUACGGCUCGUAAACUUGCGAUGUGUCGUGCUUUA